AUACGAUAUCGCAAUUCCUGAUUGGUCGAAUAUAUCGUGACGUCAACGAUCUCUUGUCCUUUCACACCGCACUUGUGCUGUUGAAGUCGAGAUAAGUCGAUUUUCUACUAAUUCUAAGUAAGUAUUUUUUUAUUUAACUGAACAAAACCGUUAAGUUCAUAUAUUUAUAUAAAGGAUGAUGAAGAGUACUAUUUUUGUCACUAUUUGCUGUUACUGAGCUUUUAGAAACUGUUUUAAAUGUUUCUCUCACUGAUCGGACCGCCAUUUUGAUUCCGAAUCGUAGAGGUCAUAAUUUACUAUAAGUUUUAACUUUUUUUAAAUGUCAUCAAUUGCUUUCCUUAAAUUGUAUAUAAUCGAAGAGAAUCUUAUGCUAAAUUUGAAAAAAAAAGUGGAUCUGUAAAUGUAGAAACUUAGAAACAGCCACAGCAAGGACAAAUAAGUCAACUGAACCUGUUUCAAUACAUAGGUUCAAUUGAGGUGAUACCUAUAUAAUAUUGAUAGAGGAUUAUAUUUUUACGUCUGUAUCCUUAUCCUUGUCUUUAAUAUAGGUUAAUUUGAAAAAAAUUUUUCACAGCCUUAUUUGAAAGGGCAUUGACAUGGUCAUUGACCGAUACCAUCUAAUUUUUUUUUGUUCAAACAGAUAUGUCAAACAAAAAAUUAGGAUUUGCCGAAAACUUUGCACUCUCCGGAGUCGCAGCUGUUAUCUCAAAAACUGCAGCCGCCCCAAUCGAAAGAGUAAAACUCCUCGUCCAAAAUCAAGAUGAAAUGAUCAAACAAGGUCGUCUGGACAAACCAUACAAGGGAGUUGCAGAUUGCACAAUUAGAACAUAUAAAACAGAAGGUCUUAUCCCAUUCUGGCGUGGAAACUUGGCGAACUGCCUCCGUUACUUCCCUACUCAAGCUCUUAACUUCGCUUUUAAAGAUAAGAUCAAGACCAUCUUUAAGCAAAGCAAGAAAGACGGUUACAUGAUUAACUUCGGAAAGAACAUCGCCUCCGGAGGAGCUGCUGGAGCCCUAUCUCUCUGCUUUGUCUACUCUCUCGAUUAUGCCAGAACACGUUUGGCCAAUGAUGCCAAAUCAGGAGCUAAGGGAGGCAGCAGAGAAUUCAACGGUUUAUUCGACGUUUACAAGAAGACCCUCAAGAGUGACGGCUUCGUUGGUCUCUACAGAGGUUUCGUUAUCUCUUGCGUUGGUAUUGUUGUAUACAGAGGUUGCUACUUUGGUUUCUAUGAUACCUUGAAACCAAUCAUCUUGGGAGAAAACCCAGGUGUUAUCUUGAGCUUCGCCCUCGGAUACGUCGUAACAAUAAGCGCCGGUUUGGUAUCCUAUCCGAUUGACACCAUCAGAAGACGUAUGAUGAUGACUUCCGGACAACAAGUUAAAUACAAGGGAAGCAUAGAUUGCACCGUACAGAUCUUGAAGAACGAAGGAUUCAUGUCACUCAUGAAGGGAGCUGGCGCAAACAUCUUGCGUGGUGUUGCAGGAGCUGGUGUUUUGGCUGGCUUCGAUAAAUUCCAAGCUUUGUACGUUGCUUGGCGUUUGGGUUAA